UCGCGGACAAGUGGAUGAGAGUUAAGAGUAAAGUGCAUCCAUUUUGUGUAAAAAAAAUCGUUUAAAUUAGAAAUACAAAUGGCGUGCGGUACAGAGUGCCUGUCUCUGGGUCCACCACCAGAUUCCAUAUUGCACAUGCCACCUCCUCCAUUGCCAGCAUUCUUAGCCAGUGCUGCCAACCUCACCCCACCGUGCAGAGCAUCCAAAUGUCCUCCACAAUCGAACAACGAAGACCACUCCAUGUUUCCAGGAGUUGAGUACCAUGAACUGCCCAGACAUGGUACAAUUUCAGAACCCGCCAGCGGGGACGACACGUGGUUCCUGGUUUUGAUCACGUGCUGCAUCGCGGUACUGUGCAUUGCUGCUUUACUGGCACUCUUCCUGCUCAAAUGUAGAGAGGCUCGUGGUGGCUGCAAAAGUGGUACAGCGAAAGCCAGUGGCUCCAACGCAUUAUACGGUGGCCCGGCUCUAGAUUCACGAGUGCUGUGGGCGGCCCUCACGCCGAGAGGCACGAGACACUUUGUCGCCGACACUUACCCGCACGACGAUACGGAGGACCACCACUACGAGUGCGUCGAACCCCCUCUCUACAAACUCGGCCCACCCGAAGACUUGGCCAUCACCCGUCACUUCAACGUUGAAUACGAAGACCCGGCGCCCCUGAUAGAAAAUUACAGCGAUAGAGCUGAGGACUACUUCCGUAACGGUAUCGAGACGCUGCGCAGAACGAGACCGCUCGUGUCAUCGCCAACCAGGAUCGAACGCCCCAACUUGCCUCCUCUGAACCUUCAGCCGAGGACCCUGCGCCGCGCGCCCCACUCCCGCCGCGUUAGCGACGCUAAUAAUCCAGAGAAGUCGGCCAUCUGAACCGAGAGUGGCGCGGUAUUCUCCGUCGCCGAUACAACAGAAAUCGAUUACGAUUGGCAGUCGAUUGAAAAUUCGAACGUUGAUCGUCUCGUUUAACAACCGUACUAUUGACUCUUGUUUCACUGAGUGUAAUGCUUUUUUAGUUUUGAAAAAUCGUCGUCGAAAUCUCUAGUAGUUCAGUGAUUAACAUUCGUUCAUAAAUACUAAAAUGCUCUUUACGGUAAUUGUGUGUUUAUGUAAAUAUUGUGUAUGCACUUAUUAAGUAUUCCUAGUCUGUGUGGUGAACAGUACAAUGUGCUUAGUGCGAUUUGUAUGGAGUUGGAACCGCGCCCUUAGCGGCAAACGUAAGGUAACUGUCCCAGCUCCAUACAAAUUUGAGUUAACUUUUACGCGAUCGAGAACGUUAAAAAACUCGCAUGAAACACACUGUACAAUGUAAAUAGUACUUCGGGGGAAGUGUAUUGUAUGUAAUUUAACAUAACAAAUACCUAUUAUUAAAUCAAUAAAUAUUCCAAAACUAGUGAGCAGCUGUAUCUAGUCUAGUUUCUAGUCUGUAAGCACAAUUUCUAGUCAUCUUAGUACCUACUUGCGAAUUUAGAGGUAAUUAUAGGUAUAGUCCACUGUGUAUUUUAUUGAAAAUCAAUUCCACAAUUUUCUUCGCAAUGCAUUAUUAUGCUCGAAUUUUGUACUUAUAAAUAAAAUCAACGU